AUUCCUCGCACCACCUGCGCAGUUCCAAUAGACCCGAUUGACAAUCUGGACAUCAGCAACAGAGCAACCCGCUUGCUCAUUGCGGAAACACUCACAACCAGACUAUCACCAGCUAUGCUUUCUCCGCCUAGAUGACCUCCAGGUUAAUGCGCAAGCUUCCGAAAGCCACAACCCGUCCAUCAGCUGCCUCAUGGACCGGUAGACCUUCAUCUACAUUACCUGGUCGGCGCCGGCACAAGUCUACCUCAGCUGGCAAUAGUUCUCCGCGUCAGAUCCUACCCAAGAGACAUCUGGCACAAGUCAGGCCAGAACCACUGUCAGAACUGUGGUUUACUGCUUCUUCACCGCGCUUCGGCCCUGCGGAUGAACUGCUUGGGACCCCACCGCCGGGGAAGGACAAUGACCACCAACCGCCGGACAAGCGACUGCUGAAACUGGGCAAAACACUACGACGACUGUCUCCUCUCCUGCCCGACAUCCUCACGAAACCACUCCCUCAAGAGAUCCUCUCCCCGGACGUAACACUCCACCUCUUCCCCUCGACGCACCCCCAUCUCCCGGCCGUCAAGGGCAAGGUCGCGUACCGAGCCGCGCUAUGGACUUCCCCGGUCGCCUGGGGAUGUGUACCCAUCGUCGGAAACGUGAAGCUGAAGAUCAUCUCGGAAAAGAUUGUCCGGACAGGGUACACAUACGCCAUACCACAAGGCGACGAUGACCCCGCGGACCUCAGCGCAGAAAAGCUGGUCGUGCGCUGGAAGACCGAACCCAAACAGAACGGCCACACCGCCGCGGCAGCCUCAGACCUCUCGGCGUCGUCGGCCGCGCAAGGCAACGAAACCUCCAACGGCGGCGUCAACAGAGGGCUGUCGAAAUUGCUGGGUGGCGACAAGCCCAUUUUCAACCUCAGCAACGACGACGACUUUGCCGGCCUGUUCAUCUUCACGUUCGACUCCGAGGGUCGCAUAGCGAGCCACACCAUCGAGCACGCGGACGAGGACAGCAGCUUCGACAAGACGAGCAAGGUGGUGACCCUCACCGACUGGCUGUUGGGCAAGGCCAGGUGGAACCGGGCCAAGGAGAAGGAGGAGGAUCUCGUGCCAGGUCUGGCGAUGCGAGUGUGCAGGGAAGAGUGGGACCUGGGAAGGAGACUUGGCCAAGGAAACGGCCACAGGUGAGAGCGGACAGACUGAGCUCGCACCUGGCAUUUUGUAUCAAAAAGAGAAGAAAAGAACAUGAGUUUGGCGAACAGUACCCGCCAGGUGGUUGAUUAUAAUCUGUUGAUACCCUCCACUCCGUGGAACGAUGUAAAUGAAUCCUCUGCGAAAGCAUGCGUUUUAUGCACUCCACUUUUGACAUAUAUUGCAUUCUCACCAAGUAGCUAGCUACGCUAUAGUUCAAGAUGAGAUCUCCCUCAUCGACCAUUUUUUUGAAUGUGCUAAACAACAUUGAUAUAUCAAAA